UGUGUAAGCGUUGCCGAGUGUUUUGAGGGCUGAUGACACGCUGUUAUAUGAACUUAGUGGGCAUGUUGUUGUUUCUGAAGUUGCCCGAAUAAUACAUUUAUUUAUCUGACGCGUUUAUUGGUUGACGAAGGCUUUAUAAGAAGCUAUUUUUUAUUAUUUCUGUCAUUGUUUAUGUUGAGAACACUGUAAUUGCAUAAACAUGAUGAACAGGACUUUAUCGAGAAAACUUCUGGGCUCCAUGUGUGGGAUCUCCAAUCCUCGACUGAGCUUCGCUCAAAGCGCCGUCAACACUGUGCAGAGGCAGAAAGAGUUGAUCAAAAGUAGGGAACUGGAAAAGGAUGAACUGAGGCCGCUGUAUAUGGACUUUCAGGCCACCACACCCAUGGACCCAAGGGUUUUGGAUGCCAUGCUCCCCUAUCAAGUCAAUUACUACGGGAACCCACAUUCCAGGACUCACGCUUAUGGAUGGGAGAGCGAGAGUGCAAUGGAAAAAGCGAGAAAACAAGUAGCAGAUCUUAUUGGUGCCGACCCGAGGGAGAUUGUGUUCACCAGUGGUGCGACUGAGUCCAACAAUAUGUCAAUCAAAGGUGUGGCUCGGUUUUAUAAGGCUAAGAAAAACCACAUUAUUACCACGCAGACCGAACACAAGUGUGUGCUGGACUCCUGCCGAAUUAUGGAGGCAGAGGGUUUUGAUGUAACAUACUUACCUGUGAAAAAUAAUGGACUGAUUGAUUUGAAGCAAUUAGAGGAAACAAUCCGUCCUGAUACCAGUUUGGUGUCCAUAAUGACUAUCAACAAUGAGAUUGGUGUCAAACAACCAAUCAAAGAAAUAGGUCAUCUGUGUAGGUCCAAAAAUGUGUUCUUCCACACUGAUGCUGCUCAGGCUGUUGGAAAGAUCCCCAUUAAUGUCAGUGAAUGGAAAGUGGAUCUGAUGUCCAUCAGCGGCCAUAAGAUCUACGGGCCCAAAGGAGUUGGGGCUUUGUACGUGAGGAGGAGACCCAGAGUUCGUAUUGAGCCUUUGCAGAACGGAGGGGGUGGCACAACAAUGGCCCACUUCAAUCAAGCGCU